CCAAAGAACCCCCCAGAAAACCCACUUUUCACAUCUGCUCCCAUUACUGCAGACAUUGUGUACUACACUUUCCCAUCUGUCUUUCAGUGUGAUUAAAGAGCCAAGCACGGGACCCAGAGCAGACUCUCACUGGGGCUCCAAGUGAGCUAGAGACAGAGAUCAUCCAUCAGCUUUCAGCCCAUCUCGGAAAGCAGGUCUCCACCUUGGCGCUCACCUCUGCACUUGGAAGAUGCCUCCACUGGAGGGAAAGCAGGAGGAAGCAGAGAGACUUGCUUUUAAUAAGAGCCUGGAGACUUGGAAUGGAACAACAACCAGGGGGAAGACAGUAGGAUCAGCAAGGCUGGUUCUUCAGAGGAAUCAUCCCUGACUAUCGUCUUUACCCUGAGCUCUGACCACUUCCCAGGAGAAACACUACUCAAGGGAGAACGCUGGCGAGUCCUUAGAGAGAAAUUCCAUGGGGACUGUACCUGACCCUCUGAGAUCCACAAAAGCUUCCCUGACUGCAGCUGUGGGAAAAGAAGAGCCUGGAGAUCUGCAGGCCGCCUCAGCACAGCACCAGCCGGAGCACCUGGGUAAGGGUACCAAUGGCCUUGCGUGCUCCCCUGCAGAACCCGGCCUGUGCCCCAGACCAGCUGCUGAGGCUAUGAUGCAGGCUUGUGAGCAUGAGACCUUCCAACCAGACAUGUCUUCUCCUGGUGUCUUUAAUGAGGUGGAGAAGUCAUCACCCACACACAACUCUCCCGGUGAUUCCCAGUUGUCAGGGAGCACUGAGCCCACAGCACCAGCCCCGAGUCCUGUAGGCAGCAAGGAUCUUAUACACACAUCACUGACAAUGCCAGCCCACCAGCACACUCACCAGGCCACCCCAGGUGAUCAACCCGGUGUCAGCACCUCACAGGCACCUGAAGAUUCCUUGGUGACGUCACAGAGAACCUCAAAUGGAGAGCAACCCGAGAGGUCAAGCUGUCCUGCACUGGGCACCUGUGGCAGCAGCAAAGGAGUGCUCUGUGAUGUUCCUUCUGAAGAAACCAUCCAGGGAAUGGCACAGACUCCAAAUCCCGCAGCCGUGGUGUCUAGUCUUUCAUCCUCUCCUGCAGAUGGGCAAGAAGAGGAAAAGCAGCAGGCCUUCUGUGACUCCAUGGCUAGGUCCUGUGCACCUCCAGCAAGAGAAGACGGAUGUUCAGAAAACACGCAGCCCCCUGCCACUGCCCUGUCAGACAGCCAAGGUAUAACAUCUGUGACAUCUCAUCUACCCCACCUCACUAGCAGAGGUUCGAUGUGUCCUCCAGAUCCAGAGAAGGAGCUGUUGCCAGCACAUGAGCUGUCCAAGUUCAAAGAAGCCAGCACAAUGACCAGCCAGGUUGAAAGUGAGAUCAAGGCAGGCCCCAGCAGGGUCCAGCAAGAUGCCGAGGUGCAGGCAGUGGCAAGUGUGGAGAGCAGGUCUGUGUCUACCAGCCCCAGCAUCCUCACUGCAUUCUUAAAGGAAAUCCCUGCCCCUGAGCUUUUGGAACAACAAGAGCAGCUACGUGUCAUUUGCCAUGGCAGUGGCAGUGGGAGCCGUGUGUUCGAGCUGUCUAACGGCAUGCCAGCCCCCCAGGAGUCGGGUCAGUGCCCUGGCACUAUGCCGCAGGUGCACAUCCAGGAAGCCGCAGCUGUUUCUGCAGCUGUCCAAGGGGAACGGAAACCAGUGAACCUACCAGGGGAAGUCCUUAAAACUGCAUCAAUCAACACAGCCUGCAGUCAUUUCCAGGAUAUGUGUAAAGAGGAUGGGAAGUCAGCAGGAAUGACCCUACCCAGGGAAGAAUCAGCCUCCAGACAGCUCUCGGGUACUAAUUCUAGCUCGCUGAGAUCUAGCCCCACUGACCAGAUUUCCAGCAUUGCAGGCAGUGAAGCUGAAAGGAGCCAUGGUUUGGGGAAAUCUGAAGCCAAGCUCUCGGAGUUUGUAGUGAAAACAAUAAAUGACCACAAAAUAGGCUCAAAUUGCAAACAGUCUGACUCCUGCACCAGCAAGGAUGACCAGUCCAGGAGUUUGGAGCCCACUAGUAAAGGAGGUGCAAAGGAGAGGAAGUCUGAGUCUCCUCGGGUAGUAAAAGAACAAGAAUCUGUUGGCACCAGUGCCCUGGAUGCCACGACACUACUGCUCAAUCCUAAAUCCCAAGAAAACGGAGGCACGGGAUCCACUCCCUCCCCACUGAAGAAGAACCAGGAGGGCUUCUCAGAAGACAACAGACAGACCAAGACAGCCACGAGCCUGAGCCUGCCAUCCGAUUCCAUGGGGGACUCGAGCCCGGGUUCUGGCAAGAGGACCCCUUCUCGCUCGGUCAAAGCCAGCCCACGCCGGGCCAGCCGGGUCAGUGAGUUCCUCAAGGAGCAAAAGCUGAAUGUGACAGCAGCUGCUGCUCAGGUGGGGCUCACACCAGGAGAGAAGAAAAAGCAGCUGGGCACAGAUUCCAAGCUGAAACAGUCCAAGCGUGUCAGGGACGUCGUGUGGGAUGAGCAGGGCAUGACCUGGGAAGUGUAUGGUGCCUCGCUGGACCCAGAGUCCCUGGGAAUCGCCAUCCAGAACCAUUUACAAAGACAAAUUAGGGAACAGGAGAAAUUAAUCAAAACACAAAGCGGUCAGGGCCGGAGAUCCAUUUCCUCAGAUACUUCUUCAAAUAAGAAGCUCAAAGGCAGGCAACAGAGUGUUUUCCAGUCCAUGCUGCAGAACUUUCGACGCCCCAGCUGCUGUGUGCGUCCUGCCCCUUCCUCCGUGUUAGACUGAAAGGGAGUCCCAGGAUGUACCUACGGUAUUCGUGUGUGUCCAUCUAUGCCAAAGCUUACUUAGCUUUCUUCUGAGAGCACAGGAAGGAAAAGCAAGUGUUAACUACAAUGACUUGCUUUAAAAAAUUGUGUUCUUUGACUGAAGGUCCAUAAAUAAAAAUUCCAUUUCAAUUUGAAAGAGCAAGAGAA